AUGAGCUGCAAGCCAUCAAAACGAAGCGGAAUUGGCCUGUCGUAUCACCUCUCGACCUACUGGGACACCCGCUUCGCUUCGGAUCCGCGAGAAACAAACGGUUUCGAAUGGCUUUCCUCGUCGUCCUCCUUGCUUGCUCUUGUCCCACGGUCUCUGCUCCUGCGCAGCCCGCCAAUACGGAUCCUGCACAUCGGCGUGGGAACAUCACGUCUUUCGCUCGACAUUGUGCGGUACUGGCGUCAGCACUCGCCCGAGGACUGGAAAGAGCGAGCGAGGAACAUUGUCAACGUUGACUUCUCGCAGAACAGCAUCGACUUUCAACGGCGGGCUGAGCGGCAGUUCUUGCAAGAAGUAGGAGAGGUUGCGACGGGGGAAGGGCUGAUGCAGUACCACGUGCUGAAUUUGCUCGACUGGGAGCAAGUGCGAUGUGUUCUGGGAGGGCCGCCGUUCGAUGUGGUGCUGGAUAAGAGCACCACCGACUCCAUCUCCACGGGGGAUGAUACCUCCUUCGCUUCCAUCACCCAGGCACCUGCAGAGGCAUAUCAUCCAACACUUCUGCAACUAUCGAAGCAGUACAAGGCAAACGAGACCGGGGUAGCAACGACCCAAGUGCUGGGCAUCCACCUAGCCGCUCUGGUGCAACGCGGAGGUGUCUGGCUGUGUCACAGUUACAGCUCUGCUCGUUGGGAGGAUGUUAUAGCGGAAGCGGAGGUGUGGCCGUGGAAGCAAGUGGAGAGGACGCCAGUGACGGUCGAUUCUUCUGAUCUCAAUGCUCCGCAGAUUUGUCAUUAUGUCUAUACCCUACACCGCACCUGA